AUGAGACAAUACUAUUUGGGAGAGAUUAUUCAAUACUAUUAUCAAUCAAAGCGACGCGCUUGCGUUCAUGAGCGUUAUACGCGUUGUUUGUGCAGGGAAAGAUUGACAAGUGCCACCGCCGCACGAGUACCUCGCUACGAGUGCGCAAACUGUACAAGGUAUUUGUGGGAAGGGAAGCAUAGGCCGCCCAUAUACUGUGCUGUCUGCCAACUUUACUACAAAAGAAAUGGCUGUCAUCGUAAUGUCGUGGGUAAAUUGUUUGAGAUGGAUGAGAAGGUCGUUAAACGUUGGGUGGAGCUGGAAAAGGAUAACAAGCGAACGAUGUCUAGUGCAGAGGUUUUGGAGUGGCUCGAGACUGAACGGCGCGAGGCAGUUCUAUUAAAUCCAGAUUUCGACGAGAUCCCUACCCAUCCUGCGAAAAAGAAGUUGAAAAACGAUCAAGAUCAUGGAGUUGACGCAGAAAUAUAA